AUGGAGGGCAUGCCAAAGUUUAAUGAGCGCGAGAAGGCCCUCGAAGCUGACUACAUUCGCCGCAAGGAAGCCGAGAAGUUCAAACCCCCGGCGCCAACCCAGCCUGGCAGCACCCAGCCGUCGAAUCCAGAGCACAACUUCGAGAAGCUGCUGGUGCUUUCGUCGAGAGACAGCUGGCGCACACGAGGGCUGCAGGCGGCCGCCAAUCUCUCCGGCCUCGACUUCACCAUCCCUACGCAACCACACAAUCCCGAAGAUGUCAUUUAUGCAUUCGAGGAUAUGGGGCUCAACUCCGGCGCCACCACCCCGAAGCACGGGUCCGCAGCGGCGUGGGUCGCUCACCUCGACCUGCUCAAGUACAUCAUUUCAGCGGGCUUCGAGACGGUUCUGGUGGUCGAGGACGACGUCGAUUGGGACGUGAGGAUCAAGAAGCAAGUUCAACUGGUUUCAGACAACAUGCGCCGCUACACCCUGGUCCCGGACAGUGACCCGACACCGUACGGUACCGACUGGGACGUCCUCUGGCUGGGCCACUGCGGCGCAGCCAUCGACGACUGGGUGGCUCCGGGCCUGAAGUACGCCGACGACACGCGUAUCGCCACGGAGCAAUAUGCGAGCUGGUCCACGCAAUUCCUGGUCGACCACCUCCCCGAGGGGCAUCGCCAGGUCCAAAUCUCGACCAUGACGGUGUGCACCUUUGCGUACGGCGUGACCAAGACUUCGGCCCAGAAGAUCCUGUCCCUGCUCGCCCGCGGCGCCGACGAGGCCUUUGACGUGGCCCUGUCCCACCGGUGCCGUUCGCGCGAGCUGCGCUGUCUGGUGGUCAACCCGCAGCUCAUGCACCACUACGAGCCGCCCAAAGACCACGGCUACCUGUCGCCGGUGGACGAGGGCGACGGGGACGGCCAGGCCGGCAACGAGGCUGACUUCGAGUCGGUCAAGGGCCACACGUUGAACAUUGUCCGGAGCGCGCGGUGUUCGGCCCUGUUCAACGACGUGUGCAUGUGA